AUGACCCUUAACGAGAAGAAGAGCAUUAAUGAAUGCGAUCUUAAGGGAAAGAAGGUUCUUAUCCGUGUUGACUUUAAUGUUCCCGUGAAAAACGGUAAGAUCACCAACGACUACCGAAUCCGAUCAGCUCUGCCAACGCUCAAGAAGGUUCUCACAGAAGGCGGCAGUUGUGUUCUCAUGAGCCACCUCGGGAGGCCGAAAGGUAUUCCCAUGGCGCAAGCUGACAAAAUACGGAGCACUGGCGGUGUUCCCGGGUUCCAACAGAAGGCAACACUCAAACCGGUAGCCAAGCGCCUCAGCGAACUGCUAUUGAGGCCCGUCACAUUCGCACCUGACUGCCUGAAUGCUGCAGAUGUCGUCUCUAAGAUGUCUCCGGGCGAUGUUGUUCUGCUUGAAAAUGUACGCUUUUACAAAGAAGAGGGCAGCAAGAAGGCAAAAGAACGUGAAGCCAUGGCCAAGAUCCUUGCGUCAUAUGGUGAUGUUUACAUCAGUGAUGCUUUUGGUACAGCUCACCGUGACAGUGCUACCAUGACCGGAAUUCCAAAGAUUUUGGGCAACGGUGCUGCCGGUUAUUUGAUGGAGAAGGAGAUUUCAUACUUCGCUAAGGUACUUGGUAACCCGCCGCGUCCGCUGGUUGCUAUCGUUGGUGGAGCGAAAGUGAGCGACAAGAUCCAACUUCUGGAUAACAUGUUGCAGCGCAUCGAUUAUCUCUUAAUUGGUGGUGCAAUGGCAUACACAUUUCUGAAGGCUCAGGGUUACAGCAUUGGAAAAUCGAAGUGCGAGGAAAGUAAACUUGAAUUUGCUCGAUCCCUGCUGAAGAAGGCGGAGGACCGCAAGGUGCAGGUUAUUCUUCCAAUUGAUCAUGUUUGCCACACGGAAUUCAAAGCUGUGGAUUCUCCAUUGAUAACUGAGGAUCAAAACAUCCCUGAAGGACAUAUGGCUCUGGAUAUUGGUCCCAAGACUAUUGAAAAAUAUGUUCAGACGAUUGGGAAGUGUAAGAGCGCCAUUUGGAACGGUCCCAUGGGUGUAUUUGAAAUGGUUCCUUAUUCCAAAGGUACAUUUGCAAUUGCGAAAGCCAUGGGUCGAGGAACUCACGAGCAUGGACUCAUGAGUAUCAUCGGUGGUGGUGACAGCGCAAGUGCAGCUGAGUUGAGCGGUGAGGCGAAGCGCAUGUCUCAUGUUUCAACUGGUGGUGGUGCGUCUUUGGAACUCCUCGAGGGCAAAACGCUUCCCGGCGUUGCAGUAUUGGACGAAAAGUCGGCGGUUGUGUCGUAUGCCUCUGCAGGUACUGGAACUCUUUCUAACCGGUGGAGCUCUCUUUAAACUUCCAGAAAAAAUAUAUUUCUGCAAAAUACUUUUGGAAGUUUGUCUUGUCUUUAUAGAUGAAGGAUUUGUUUCUUUUUUGUGAUGUUUUCAAGGUUAAUUAGUUUUGGGGGUUCGUUAUCUUAAUUAUUUUGGUGGGUGGGAGUAAAUAAAGCAGAGGUAAAUUUUUUGGUGACACAAAAAUUGGGAAGCUUCGUGUUCUUACUUGUUCAACUGAAAAAUGCCUUUUCAGGAAUUCAUAUUUGGGAGUUAUUGUGGUGUAGAAGGACUGAGGAACAGAAGAAAGCAGAGGUUAUUUGCCCCUUCAUGAGGAAAUGUCGAUGUAAUUAAGUAUGAGGGAGGACAUGUUGAUACUGGGAAAUGGACUCUAAAAAUGAGAAAUAAAGGGAAAGAGAAAGGAAGAGUGAUAUAUAUUUAUUUUUGGAAAAAAACACCUUUCGUUUGCUUGCGCUGCUGAGUGGGAGAUCAUUCUCUGUGUUAUAUGUCCUUUUUCUAGUGGUUGAGAUUGUGUUGUUGUUUUUUCAAUUUCUUCUGUGGAUGAUCUUCCUCGUGAAGAAGACGCAGAAAGCGGGCCACACGGAGUGAAUUCAUACCUUACUUAAAAUAAUAUAAAACGUAUUAAAAUAUGUAAUUAUAUAUAUAUAUAUUUCCCUUUCUUUUUUAAAAAAUCUCUCUUUUGUGCUUCUUGCUUCUCUCAUUUUCUAAACUGGGCAAUUAAUAUGCUCGAAAGUAAAUAUUGAGGUUAUUGAAGAGGGCUGGGGUGUGAAUGCUUUUCUUUUUCCUUUGCCUGUGUU